AUGUUGAGAAGGUUGGGUUCAGCAGUGCGGGGAGCUUCCAGAAGGUUCCAACCGCUACCCUCUUGCAAGAAGCUGUACUCGAGCGAAAGCGAGGACGCCCGUGCGAGGCCACCGAAGCUUCUGGUGGUUCAGCCGCGCGUGCGGCCGGAGAAGCUGUUGCAGGCGAAGCUGAACGAAGCUCUGUGCCUCGCAAACUCCCUCGAAGACCAGCGCGAUGGCUAUUUCCACACAGAUUUCUUCGACAAGCCGUUGCCACCUCACGUGCUCGUCCAGAACCGCGUCCCACGCGCCGACUCCUAUUUCGGCCACGGAACCGUCGAUAACAUCAAGUGUCACGUGAAUGCUGCUGCGGAGUCUGAGGAUGAGGUGGAUGCAGUUUUUGUUAAUGCGAUACUCUCUGGGGUUCAGCAACGGAAUCUUGAGGCAAGUAGGGCUUGGGGGAAACCGGUGUUGGACCGUGUGGGCCUUAUCAUUGAGAUUUUCAAUGCUCAUGCGUUUACAAAGGAAGCGAAACUUCAGGCUGAACUCGCAGCUCUGUCCUACAAGAAGACCAGACUUGUUCGUGCUCGCGGCCCUGAUGGUCGCUACACGUUUGGUGCUUCUGGAGAAGCUGAGGUUGUUAGCGCCCGAGGGAGAGGAAGUGGGGGACAAGGUUUUAUGAGUGGUGCUGGAGAAACUGAACUUCAGCUUCAGCGACGAAGAAUCAUUGAGAGGAGAAAUUAUCUGUUAUCUCAAAUUGAAGAGGUUCGCCGCACCCGGGCUUUGCAGCGUGCUGGUCGCAAGAGGAGUGGAGGUUCAUCUGGACAAGGCUUAGCCACCAUUGCUGUUGUUGGGUAUACUAAUGCUGGAAAAUCUACAUUAGUAAGUAGGCUAUCAAACAGUGAUCUGUUUAGCGACUGUCGAUUGUUUGCCACAGUUGAUCCUAGAGUAAGAAGUGUUGUUCUUCCUUCAGGAAAGAAAGUGCUUUUCAGUGACACAGUGGGAUUCAUAUCUGACUUGCCUGUACAGUUGGUGGAAGCAUUUCAUGCAACUCUAGAAGAAGUUGUGGAAGCAGACCUACUUUUGCAUGUGGUAGAUUCAAGUGCUCCCAAUCUUGACGAACAUCGCACAACAGUGUUGCAAGUUCUUCGACAAAUAGGAGUGUCAGAUGAGAAGCUUCAGAACAUGAUCGAAGUUUGGAACAAGAUUGAUAUGGAAGAAGAAUGCAUGGAUGUUGAUGAAUAUCUUGAUGAUAAAGAAAAGGAUGGCUUCAAUUUAGAAGAUGGUGUGAAAUCUGAGUUAUUAGCUGAAAGUGAAGGCACGGAGGAGGUUGAUUGUGAGGCCUUGGAAGAAAAAGAAGACGAUUCUGAUGGUUGGUUAUAUUCUGAUGAUUUGGUCGAUGAAUGUAAGUUUUGUUCACCUUCAACAGUGGCUGACCAACAAAAUGAGUCCUUUGAAAAACACGAUGGUGUGGAAAAAGAUAGAUCAAUUGAACAAUCUGGUCCACACGUGAAAACAUCUGCCAUCACAGGAGUUGGGUUGCAAGAGUUGCUCGAAUUGAUAGAUAAGAAACUUCGUGUUCAAAAUAAGAAGGGUGCGCAAGCGGUUGAAAGAAGUAUCUAUGAUCGAAAAUGGAGACCCUCCCACAAUCAGGAGUCUGGCAUAGCAGUUGAACAGUAA